AUGAAUGAAUCAACUAUUUCAAAUAAUAAUGAAGAUGGUCAAUUGAAAUCAAAUUCAAAAGAUAAUAAUAAUAAUAUAGACUCAAAUUUAUCAUUGAAUAAUAAUUAUAAUAAAUUUACUAUACUUUUAAAUCAAGUUAUCAAUAAUAAUUCAUCCCAUUCAAAUUCAAUUAAUUCAUCUUUAUAUAUACUAGGUAAUAAAUUUAUUAAUUUAAUUCAAGCAAAUAAUUAUAUAAAUAAUUUAAUAUAUUUUACUUAUAGAUGUGGAUUUGAACCAAUUCCAAAAACAAUUGACGGUCCUCAACCAAUUCAAUUUUUCCCUUCAAUCAUAUUUAAUAAGUCUACUUUGAUUAAUUUUACUAAUUUAAAAAGUCUAUUUGAUAAAGAAAACUUUACUAGUGAUUCUGGUUGGGGUUGUAUGAUUAGAACUUCACAAAAUUUAUUAGCCAAUACAUUGCUAAAAUUGAAUAAAAAUAAAGAUAAUAUGACGGAAGAUAUUAUAAAUCUAUUUCAAGACUCAAGUAGUUGUAAAUUUUCAAUUCAUAAUUUUAUAAAAACUGCAAGUGAAAGUCCAUUACAAAUUAAACCUGGUCAAUGGUUUGGACCAAAUGCGGCAUCAUUUUCUAUUAAAAAUUUAAUUGAAUUACUGCAGGCUAAUGAUGCAAAUAAUUUGUUAAUACCACAAGUUUUCAUUAGUGAUAAUUGUGAUUUAUAUGAUGAUGAAAUAACUAUAUUAUUAGAACUAAAACCUUUAUUAUUGUUAUUUCCAGUUAGAUUAGGAAUUGAUCAAGUUAAUAAAUAUUACCAUCAAAGUAUACUACAAUUGUUAUCGACUAAACAUUCGGUUGGAAUAUCAGGUGGUAAACCAAGUUCGAGUUUUUAUUUUAUUGGAUAUGAAGAACAAGAGGAAGGAAACGUGGAGUUGUUAUAUUUUGAUCCACAUUUUCCACAAGUUUAUGAAAAUCCAAUAAAUGUAAAUACAUAUCGUACAAAAAAUUAUAAUAAAUUGAAAAUUGAAGAUUUAGAUCCAUCAAUGAUGAUUGGCAUUUUAUUAAAUAAUGUAAACGACUAUUUAAAUUUCAAAAAACAAUGUAUUGAAACAAAAAAUAAAAUACUUCACUUUCAUCCUGAAUUCCAUAAUAAUGAUCUAACCAAUCAAAGUUGGGAAGAAAUUCAAGAGGUUGAGGAUGAUUUUGUGAAUUUAAAUAUAAGAAACGACGAUGAAGAAUUUAUACAAUUAUAA